ACAGAAUGAAUGGAAGGUCUUUUCAGACCGAUUUUGAAUGAAGUGGUGCUAAAAAUUUAAACAGGUGAAUACAAGCGCAAACUAUGUGAUUGGAAUUUUUUUUAUUUGUUGCGGGUCGAGCUCUCUAUCUUCUUUGUCUUCUUCAAAUUUGGAUUUAAAUUUUUUAUUGCGAAAUCUCUGCAAUUAGAAUUCAGUCCAAUCCAUCCACUAAAAAAUUUAAUUUAAUCCAAAUUCAAUUGCAAUGGUGGAUUAAUGGAUUAAAUUGAUAAAUUGUUGGAAAACUAUAAUUUAGUACCUAUAUCCUUUAUUUUUUAAAUUUGAUACCUUUAUGAAGAAAAUUAUUCAAAAUAAUAUUUUGGUACAAAAAAAUUGUAUACUCAAAUACGACUAAUACACUACAGAAGUGAUCCAGACUUGCUCUUGAAAGUUGAAAGUACCUAUGGAGCAUGGAGUUUGGAGGUGAGUUGCUCAUAGAAGAAUAAAUUCAUACAAGGGAACAGUUUUCUAAUAAUGGACUAGCCUGCAUAUACAAGAUCAGGCCCAACUUGACGCCGAAGUUGACUGUCAAGUUUAUGGGCCUCGGGCCCAGAAUUUGCCGAUAGUAAUACAAUACCGGCUAGAACCCACAGCAAAUUGGGAAAGGACUAGAAACUACAAAGUAUUGCUCUGCGAAUAGCCAACGGAGGGGGCGAACGGCCGGCGAUUCAGUCUCUCCGAUUCCUAAACUACUCAAAUUCUCUGCAGUUUCCCGUCAAUUCAUUGAUGAAACUUCACCAGGGGCUCUGACUGAAGUUUUUUCACCUUCAAUUGUAAUUUGGGGCUCCAAGCAAUGGGGGAAGAAGGGCAAGGGAAGAAACGGCGGGUGGUGGCGGAAUCGCUGGGAUGGCUGACGGAGUCAACUAUCAUGCCGAAGAAGCACCGAGCCAUUGAGGGCGUCGGCGCUUCUUCCAUCGUCGAGCUUAAGGCUCAGCUCUACAAAUCGCAGGAGGAAGCCAGGAAAGCCAAGGACUUGGCCGGUACAGAUGUGGAAUAUCAUCGCGCCAAGAAGAAAAUCUCCCCCCACGAUGCUUUCUCCGUCAAGAAUUCCGGUGUUGAUUCCCGAGCGCACAAGGACAAGCUUGAGCUGAAAGCGGUUCAAGAUGGGUCGGCGAGCUAUGCCGCGUUGGAGAAGAAGGCAGCGUUAUACGAGAAGCUAGUAAGAGGAGAGUUAUCGGACGAGGAAGCGGAAGAGAAGUACUGUGUUGAUUUUUUCCGUAAAGGAAUUGAGGUAGAGGAGUCCCAGAAGUCGCAAUCCCCUGAAACUUCUUCCAGUGCUGCUGCUGCAGCGGCAAGUGUGAAUGAUGAAGAUGGCGGUGAUGGUCCAGCUGGUCUAUUUAGUACGAAAUUUGUGAAGCCUGGCCAAUCAGGUGGAGCAUUUGACCAAGAUGAACACAGGCGUUUUGUCAGUCAAGUUCAUGAAGAAGCAAAUCAAGCGAGAGAGAAGGUGUUGGAGAUGAAAUUGCAGAGGCAAGAGAAGGUAGAAGCUCGCCGCAAGAACUUCAAGCAGGCAUAUCUUAUGAAGAAGUUGGAGAAACUGAAAGCUGCUGGAACCUCUUUAGAACAAUCUGUAGAAGGGGGGAAGUGAUGGCUCCCCAUAUUGUUUUGCAUAUAUGAUGAACUGCUGAAAGAUGUUAUGAGGUCAUCACUCAUGUGUAAAGACAGCAAAAUUCAAUACACAUUUUCUAAAGCCUUUCCUUUUUUUCCUUCAUAUCUCUUCCCUACUCCAAAGUAUAAAAAGUCGAUGGAGAUUGUGGAAUGAAAUGGGCGGCACCGGCCUGCCUCUUAUUAAUUGGAUUUCUGCAAAUAUUAGUUGAAAAAUGAAAAAAAAAAAAAUCGACUCCGCUGGGGAUCGAACCCAGAAUCUCUGGUUUCGUAGACCAGCGCCUUAUCCAUUGGGCCACGGAGUCUCGAUGUUGAGGUAGAAUGCAAAGUUUAUAAUCAUUGAAUUUUAUUUAGCUCACAUCACCUGUCAAGGCAGUCCAGGAGGCGGACGCAAUUCAAAUGCUGAAUGUAUAGCAAACAAAUUUCAUCUAAAGUAUGGAAUUUUGGGAGAGAGGAAGAAGGCUUAAGGAGCCAUGAAGAAGUAGAAUCCAGUAUAGUUAAUAGUGAACAAGACAAAGGCGGCCAAAGGAAGUAAAUUGAUAGGACUCGUUAGAGGGAGGUCAUGAAGCUCAACCAACUUAACCACUUUCACAAACACUUGUGAAAAAGAGGUUAUGAAGUAGGUGGGAACAAUGAUGCGGUCGGACUGGUCCAAAUCUCGUCAAAUCUCACAUGUGUUGCAACCAAAUCACACCACGAAACUUGAUGUUUGACAAGACAUCUGAAUUUUAUGCGGUUAAUGAUUAGUGGUUUAAAUGGAUAGAAAGUACACGGUUGUAACACUAAAUCGUAAACCACAAAUUACCGUAAAGCCCCAAAACGUGGAACAGACUUGAACAUGUGAAUCACUAUGAAGUAAAAGCUAAAAAGCACCACACGGGAGGAAGGCUCAUCCUUUGCCUCUUUCCUCAUGUUGCAAUGGGCGCUGCUAGUGACAGACUGACAGGCAAAAGGCAAAGCUUAUCCCUCAUAGAUGGACUCAUGGCACUCUUUCCUAUUCCUCUUACCAGUUUCCAGCAGCAGAUAGUGACUAUUCGUAUCUUGCUUGAUUGGUUUAUGUUUGUUUGGCCAAUUUAUAUGAGGCAGUCACAACCAAAUCCCGCCAAAUCACUAAUUUAUGUGGUUUGAUUCGACCGCAUCAAUUAAUUUGUGGUAACAUUUAUGGUGCGAUCCAAUGAACUUACGGUGCGCUG